AUGGUACCAUCGGUACCAUCGCCGUCUAGCCCCCCGACCAAGAGGAAAACAGGCAGUAGCGGAACCGGUGGCACGGGGCGGUCAGGUCGCGCAUCCUCGUCGUCGACUUCCGGUUCGAGGUCAUCCGCGGCCACGGCGUCAUCAUCAUCAUCAUCCUCGGCGCAACAGCAGCAGCAGCAGCCCGAGUACGUCCAGCAGCCCUGCGCUUCGCUCAUUUACGCGCCCGAGUACAACAUGGCCGAGGGCAGCAUGAUUGACUAUGCCAACCCGUGCGCGACGGGCGGGUGUCUGGUCAGCCCGGGUUGCACAUCGGGGUCCUGCCGGCUUGAAGACUUGGGCGGGCGCUGGAUCUGCUGCCAGUGCUACCGCGGCGGCAACACGUUUCGCUGGUGCGCGCACCCCAUGAAGAAGGUCCCCGACACCAUGUGUUAUCACGUCGUUUGCGAGAAUUGCUGCGCGGACAGCUAG